CGACGUCAUGGCUACAGUCUACUGACAAGCCUACGAGCGAGCGCUACUUCCUCAAACACAGAGCAGGAUCUCAGAGCGAACGAGAGGGAGAAGACGAAGUUGAGAAAAAAGAAAAUAAAGAAGUUUAGUGUUAAGGACCCAUUGUUGACUACAAGAGGAGGAGGCUGGAUGACAGAUCACCAUGGCUCCCUUCCUGCGAAUCGCCUUCAAUUCCUUUGAUCUGGGCUCCCUGCCCCCGCUGUCGGACCCGCCCUUCUGCGCCAUCAAGAUGAAGGAGUCCCUCAGCACUGCCCGCGGGAAGACUCUGGUCCAGAGGAAACCCACCAUGUACCCGGCCUGGAAGUCCAGCUUCGACGCCCACAUCUACGAGGGGCGUGUCCUGCAGGUGAUCCUGAUGAAGACGGCCGAGGAGCCCCUGUCCGAGGUCACCGUGGGCGUGUCCGUGCUGGCCGAGCGCUGCAAGAAAGGCAACGGCCACGCCGAGUUCUGGAUGGACCUGCAGCCCUCGGGCAAGGUGAUGAUGGCGGUGCAGUUCUUUUUGGAAGACGCAGACUCUGAGUGUAAGCAGUCUGUGAAGGAGGAGGAAGGAGCCCUGACACUCAACCGCCGGAGAGGGGCCAUCAAGCAGGCCAAGAUCCACUUCAUCAAGAACCACGAGUUCACCGCCACCUUCUUCAGACAGCCCACCUUCUGCUCCGUGUGCCGGGAGUUCGUCUGGGGGCUUAAUAAGCAAGGCUACAAGUGCAGACAAUGUAAUGCUGCUAUCCAUAAAAAGUGCAUCGACAAAAUCAUUGGGAGAUGUACAGGCACGGCGGCCAACAGCCGCGACACCGUGUUCCAGAAGGAGCGUUUCAAGAUCGACAUGCCGCACCGCUUCAAGACCAACAACUACAUGAGCCCCACCUUCUGCGACCACUGUGGCAGUCUGCUGUGGGGCCUGGUCAAGCAAGGCCUCAAGUGUGAAGACUGUGCGAUGAACGUCCAUCACAAGUGCCAGACCAAAGUGGCUAACCUGUGUGGGAUCAACCAGAAGCUGCUGGCGGAGGCCCUGACCCAAGUCAGCCAGAAGCACACUGUAUCGACGAAAUCCACAAGGCAUUCAGACAGCUCCCUAUCUGACAUUGGAAUCUACCAAGACUUCAAGACUCCAGGCCUGGCAGGACUGGAUGGCACUGCAGAUGGCGGUCCGUACGGGAAGCUGUGGGACGGCGGCGCUCCCCGGCCCGUGUCUCGCAUCUCCCACCAGACCCGCAUCAACGUGGACAACUUCGUCUUCCACAAGGUUCUGGGAAAGGGCAGCUUCGGCAAGGUCCUGCUGGCGGAGUUGAAGGGGCGGGGAGAGUAUUUUGCAGUGAAGGCCCUGAAGAAGGAUGUGGUUCUCAUGGAUGAUGACGUAGAGUGCACCAUGGUGGAGAAGAGAGUGCUGGCACUGGCCUGGGACAACCCCUUCCUCACACACCUGUACUCCACAUUCCAGACCAAGGAACACCUUUUCUUUGUGAUGGAGUACCUCAAUGGGGGAGAUCUGAUGUUCCAUAUUCAGGAAAAGGGGCGUUUCGACUUGUACAGAGCCACGUUCUACUCGGCCGAGAUAGUCUGUGGCCUGCAGUUCCUCCACACCAAAGGAAUUAUCUACAGGGACCUGAAGCUGGAUAACGUGAUGCUGGACCGCGAUGGACACAUCAAGAUCGCCGACUUUGGGAUGUGCAAAGAGAACGUUUUCGGGGACAACCGCGCUACAACCUUCUGCGGGACCCCUGAUUACAUUGCACCUGAGAUCCUGUUGGGACAGAAGUACACCUUCUCAGUGGACUGGUGGUCGUUCGGGGUGCUGCUGUACGAGAUGCUGAUUGGUCAGUCGCCCUUCCACGGCGACGAUGAGGACGAGCUCUUCGAGUCCAUCCGCAUGGACACCCCCCACUACCCGCGCUGGAUCACCAAGGAGAGCAAGGACCUGCUGGAGAAGCUCUUCGAGCGCGACUCCACCCGCAGGCUGGGCGUCAUCGGCAACAUCCGCACACACUCCUUCUUCAAGACCAUCAACUGGGUGGCCCUGGAAAGGAAGGAAGUGGACCCCCCCUUCAAGCCCAAAGUGAAAGCCGCCAAUGACUGCAGCAACUUUGACCGGGAGUUCCUGAGCGAGAAGCCCCGCCUCUCACACAGCGACAAGAACUUAAUCGACUCCAUGGACCAGACCGCGUUCGCCGGCUUCUCCUUCAUCAACCCCAACAUGGAGCAUCUAUUGGAGAAGUGAGGGCAACGCUUAAUCUUGUAAAUGAGGAAACGGUGAAACCAGUGUUAGAUUACCGCUCUCAAGGUUCAGGCUCUUGGUUUCUUUAUCUCUUGAUCAAACUUUAAAUCAGUGAAAUAUUUAAUGUACUGUAUUGUGAUUGUAAUGUACUUUGUGUAAGCACACACACCCGCCCUACUAUUUCAAAAAAGAAAAAAGAAAAGAAAAGAAAUGGGACAUUGUACAGGUUAGAUGUUAAUAUGUGCAUGCUAGGAUAUUCAGGGUUAGGGUGUGGUUUUUGUCCUACUGAGGGGCUUGUGGGAUAGUUUUCCCCUGGGGCAAGUGUUCUGAAGAAGAAGCACAAUCAAAAUGGCUGAGGUCUCAGGCCUUCACAAGGCCUCUGCAUGCAUUACUCAGGACCCUGUAUAGUCACCACAACGCUAAGUCACCUGACUCUUAAUGACCAAUGGUAUGUCAUUGCCCUGAGGUCACUGCAUGGAGAAGGCCCACUUUUUCCAGUGGCCAAAUGAGAUGUUCAUAUUAGACACUUAAACUACCAAUUAAAACUUGCGUUAGAACAAGACAAGGAGAAGUUGAAAUGAACCUAAUAGGAAGUGAAAAUGUAUUACGCGCACAGAUGUGCGUGAUGCACUCCGAUCCCAAUGGAUCAUUCCUCCGUGUGCCUGAAAACCUCAGUCAGCAGCCUCUGCCCAGGUGUUUGGUCCAAUCCAGUGCUCUCUGGUCCAGCUGAACUAUCAGUGAGUCCAGCUGUCCUGAACAGCUGCUGUUAUUUAUAUAUUUUUAUGAACAGAUGUUAGCUUUAAAGGUCCCGAUAGUUCCUUCAUCCCAGGUACAAAUAUAAAAAGAUGAAACCGUGUCAUUGUGUAUGUCAUUUCCUGUGUGCGAUUUUGUCUGGCGUGCACCAGUUCACCAGUCACCUGUGUUGUCCGGUCCUGGUUCAGAUCGAGGCAUACGGAGUUCACUUCACUGCCGAGUAAGAGCCCUGACCUGUUGUCACAUGAUGCAUGUUUUGCAGCAUUUCUGGUGUAAUAUAGGAUAUGGCAGGUGUUCCUGCAGCAGGAAAUGAUGCCACUGAGGGGGGGAGGGGGGCUGGAGACAAAUCCUGCACUUGUGUUAAAUAAGUGUAAAUGUGUGUAAUGUUACUUGAAUGUAAUUAUUUUAACAAGAAUCAGUAAGAUGCUGUAUAUAUAUUUGUUCUAACAUAUAUUAUUGGUGCGCUAAAGAUGUGCUUUUUUACUGUCUUCAUCUUUUACAUCUUAAUAAAAAUCUUCAUUAAUGCUC